AUGCAAAUGAGCGAGGAAGCGAUUCGAGAGGCCGUGUUGCUGGAGACGCUCUCACGGCUUCUGCGUGAGAAGAUCGGUGCCGGCGGUGCGGGCGCCUCUUCCGCUGGUGCCACCGUCCCGCCUUGGCGUCGUUCCCAUAAUGAGGCUGCCACCACCUCUGUCGACUCUGCCGUAGAGAGCUCAAAAGUAUCACAAGCAGGCCAAGCAGAGGCAGCACCUCCAGCGACUUCAGUGGCAGUUAUAGGUGCGCCGGAGAUCAAACAGGAAGCACCGCUGGAGAAGUUCAUCAGGGUAUUUCGUUUGGAUGAGCUGGCGGCGAAGUGUCUGUUGAAGCUUCAAGAUGACGAAGCUGCCUUUGUCAUAGAGCUCCUCGACAAGAAUUUCGACAAGCUUUGCACAUCUUUCCAGGCCAAACUGCUUCUGAAACCGUCCGAAAGGUUGAACGAAGAGAUGACAGGAUCACCAGCGGAGGCAGAACUGCCAGUCCGAAAAGAUGGGGACUGGAGUUGGUCAGCUUACUCGAUCUCAAGGAAACGCAUGACCAGCAAGGUGUCGCUGCCAAAGUGGGCCGCAGAUAUUAUGGCAGCCGCGAAACGGCGGAGGGUGGAGAAUCUCACGAAGGUCCUGGAGAUCGGAGGUUCGCCAGAAGAUGAGAUCGAAACGGUGGUGUGCACCUUACGCGUCUUUGCCCGGCUACCAGCGCAGACGAUUCGGCUCCAACAGGCUCAGACGGAUCCCUACCUUGCUGGGGCUGACGAAGACGAGGGGCAGGAAGAGGAGGAGGAAGAGGGAGUCGUAGAUGAGGAGGCCUCUCGUGCGACCAUGUGGAACCUCUGGAACCUCUGGAACCUCUGGAACCUCUGGAGCCUCUUGCAUGCCAAGGUGCGCUUCGUGCGCUUCUGA